UCUGCUGGCGGCGCGAGGGACACAUCCGCCUCAUUCCUAAUGGUCUAUAUACACUCUAUUGUACCUGUAGCGGGGCUGCAUGCUCUCAGGGAGCGAAGACGCCUCCGAAAAAUUACCCGUUGGUAUGCACCAUGGGGCGGCCGAGAAAUGCUUGUAUGGAGAAACACUUUUCAUCGUAACAUGCUGAAAACAGGUAGCAAAAGUUGAAUAUAGAUUGAUCCCACUGCCACUACUCGAUGUGCAUGGGGCUAUUACAAAAUCGAUGCAAAUAGCACGGGAGAAGGGGGAGGGAGAGGAGGAGGGAGUCAGGCAUGGGACGAAGCGGGUUGGUCUGGAAAGCGGGCGUGAAUCGAGCGAAAAGCAGCGUGCGAAGCGGCUCCCCAGCCGCUUCAACGGACGACCGAGAUUCGACGAGAUUCAGCACCCCGAAACCGCGCCGCUUCGAGUUUCCGUUUCAUCCUCCGAGUCGCCAUCAAAGCGAGUCCAAAGCGCGUUCAAAGCGAACUUUGAACACCCCUAAUUAAUAAAAUGCCCAAGCGGUAAAGGCUAAACUACCUUCUGUUCGUACUUGACUGCAAGCCCGUGCUUCGAAUAUUUGACAGUGACGCUGCUCAGAAUGUUCGAAUCCGAAGACAUGGACGACCCAAGGACCUAUUACAUCUUAGCGGAGCCGCGAGUAGCUGUGCGGCAGCGGUCUAGACCUCUAAUUAUGCUAUAGCUUGGGUGUACAUGUGAGCGAGCGGAACCAAGCUUGAGGUGGAGGGGCGCUAAUUUGUACGUCGCU